AGUAGGUCGUCUUGGCUACCUGGGCCUCCCCACCGUCUCCCAAGUCUUAGGCCGGGCGUAGAGACUCCGGGGCCGGCUCUAAAUCUCUCUUCCGCCCACCCGGUGCCCUCAGCCCCGUGGUUUUUUUCUCUAGUGGGCGCCGUCCAGGCAGAAUUUCACCCUGUUGGCCGGUUGCCAGAGAAGACCAAACGCCAAAGUUUGGGAGCUUUUGAGGGUGGUUAAAAACAACAACAACAACCGCCAAACACGUUGUUUUCGAUACAGAAUAGUUUCCAUGAUGUUUGGGGAAUAUGAUGACGUAGAGGCAAUGGAAGAUGAUCUUUACUGUGAAGAGUCUUCCAGUGAAACAAGUAUUGAUAGUGAGGUUGAAUUUCAUCUUUAUAGUCAAGUCCAUUAUGCACAAGACUUGGAGGAGGUCAUUGGACAGGAAGAAACAGUAAAACUUGCAUCUGCAGAGUAUCAGGUCUCGGUCAGUAAACAUGACCAGAAGAAUAACUUCAUUGUAAUUUCAGAUAGUGAUGCUGUUCAUGUUUCAGAUAGUCCAGAUGUCAUUACUUUGUCUGAUACCCCUGAUGAAGACAGCAUUUAUAAAAGUAAACUUCAGAAGCUAAUGACACCAGCAUCUCCAGCACCACCUGAUACUACUGAACUCAUCUCACCAAAACCAUCUCGAGGUUCUUCUCGGUUUACCUUGGUUACAAAGAGAGGUAUUACAGAAACUUCAAAAAAGGAGAGGACUAGUCAUAAAUCCAUAUCUUUUCACCGUGAUGGCAUUCGCAUGAUCCACAAGAUCUUAGUCAUAGAGGACAGCUCUAGUGAUGAACAUGAUGAUGUGUCAAGUAUAGUCUCUGAGAGUGAUAAUGUGGAGAGCUGGAUGCUUUUGGGAGGUGCCAGAGAUGACAAAGAUGAUGGCAUACUCUUGAACCUUGAGGGCUGUGGAACUUCAGCCAGUGAAGGGAAAAGUGCUGCGGGUUGGACCAUCAAUGAUAAAGACUUAGAGGCACAGAUAGGUAACCAUGUUCCAGUGCGACAUAACUACAGAUACUACUCAUCAGACAAAAAUGUCAUUUGCCGAAAUUGUGAUAAACGAGGCCAUUUAUCAAAAAACUGUCCUGUCCCAAAGAAAAUUCCACCUUGUUGUCUCUGUGCACAGAGGGGCCACUUGCAAAACAGCUGUCCUGCACGGUUUUGUUUAAAUUGUUGUUUGCCUGGACACUUCUCUAGAGAAUGCCUUGAGAGAAUGUACUGGAAAAAACAUUGUAACCGCUGUGAUAUGAGAGGCCAUUAUGCAGAUGCUUGCCCAGAAAUAUGGAGGCAGUAUCACCUAACAACCAAGCCAGGACCACUGAAAAAGGCUAGUUCUUACCAGUCUCCUUUGGUGUACUGUUACAACUGUGCACAGAAAGGCCAUUAUGGAUAUGAGUGCACAAAAAAGCGGAUGUUUGGAGAGACCUUUCCUACUUUCCCCUUCAUCUAUUACUAUGAUAGUGAAUAUGACAUGAAGAGAAAUUCUCAAAGAGGAAAGAAGAAAGUACAAGAGCUUGAGGAAGCUGGCCUGGUGCUAAAGAGGCCACGUAUGGACAAUGACCAGAGACAGUACAGCCAUAUGAAAAAGAGGAGAAUGUUGAAGGAACAUGACAAGAAAAGAGAUAAGUGCUCUAUAAAGCCCAAGAAGAAGUUGCAGAGAGACACACUUAGAAGGAAACAUAAGAAGGAGGCCCAGGGAGACUAUACCAUAGAAGAGGACUUUCCAAGAGGUGGUCGUGUGGAAAAGAGCAGAAAGGCCAGAAAAUGCCGUAAGCCUGGCCUCCAAAUCAUCGGGGGCAAAAUGGAAACCCUUCAGGCUCCUCCGGAGGCACCAAAAAAACAGAAGAAAAAGAAGAAGCGGAGAAACUACACAAGCAAUAGUCGCACAGAAGAGGACAAUUUGUUUCUUAUAAAACAAAGAAAGAAGAAAUCAAAACAGAGCCCUAGUUGCUGAUCUGAUGAAAGGCAACUUGGCAAUUGGGUGUUUGCUCAAGAUAGGGCUUUGACCCACCCAUCCCCAAAUUAUGUUGUGGAAAACAAAACAACAAUGCAGUUGAGACUGGGUUUACCAAAAAGCAGAGAGCUUGCCUCUUCCAUUCCGUAAAGAGGCUGUCUUUGCUUUGACAACAAGGGAUUGAUGUAUGCAAGAAUAAAUAAGGGCUGAUGGUUUUCUACAGUUUCUGUGCUGAGACUGAAUAUUGGUGGAGGGGAAGAGUUGUAAGGGUGCACGUUGGCAGCUCAAAAACCACACCCAUGUUGUGUGUUUCAGGCAGUCUUUUAAUAAGCCCACCUGUUUAGUGGCACUUCUGUUUAGCAUACAGUAUGUGCAAGCUUUUGAAAAGGGUUUUCUAAAUGGGAAAUUCAUAGGGGACAUAGUUGACAAAAACAAAUAGGCUUAGAGCUGGUUCACAUAUUUGACAGGAGUGUCCAGAGAGGAAGCAUGUCCCCUCUGUGCUUGUCGAUCUCACGGAACGGCAGAAUGUGUGUCAGCACAAGUAUUGCUUCAGGCAGCUCCUCUCCCUGCUUCAUGAGGUGUGCUUGAUUCUGAGAAACAGGAAGGGAAGCUACAAGAGAGUUCUCCUUUCUGUCCUGAUUUAUUUUCCUGCCAAAGACUGUUGGAGUCUAGCCACUCUGCACAGAUGUCAUUCUUCUACCUUAGAUAAUAUUAUGAUGUCUUCAGUUUGUCACAGAUGCAAUCCCACGAGUUUGACUGGCAGGCCUGGUGAGAGAGAACAAGUCUCCCUUGAUACUUGUUUUCUUUUUAAUGUAAAAACAUUUG